AUGGCGCAAAAGAUUAAAGUAGCCAACCCGGUAGUAGAGCUGGAUGGCGACGAAAUGACAAGAAUUAUCUGGAAAUUCAUCAAAGACAAACUGAUACUUCCUUACCUGGACCUGGACAUUAAAUACUAUGACCUGGGCAUGGAAUACCGCGAUACCACUGAUGACAAAGUAACCGUAGACGCGGCCAAUGCCAUCAAACAAUAUGGCGUAGGUAUUAAAUGUGCCACCAUUACCCCCGAUGAAGCAAGGGUAAAAGAAUUCAGCCUGAAACAGAUGUGGAAAAGCCCCAACGGCACCAUCCGCAACAUCCUUGACGGCACUGUUUUCCGCGAGCCCAUCGUUAUAAAAAACAUACCCCGCCUGGUAACCAACUGGACGGCCCCCAUUAUUGUUGGCCGCCAUGCUUUCGGCGACCAGUAUCGCGCAACCGAUACCGUUAUUAAAGGAAAGGGUAAAUUAACCAUGACUUUUACACCAGAAGGUGGUGGAGAGCCCCAGGUAUUUGAAGUGUUCAACUUCAAAGGCGAUGGCGUUGCCAUGAGCAUGUACAAUACAGACGAAAGCAUCAUCGGUUUUGCACGCAGCUGCUUCAAUAUGGCCCUCAGCAAAAAAUGGCCGCUCUAUCUUUCUACCAAGAAUACCAUCCUCAAGAAAUACGAUGGACGUUUUAAGGAUAUUUUCCAGGAUAUUUUCGACAAAGAAUUUAAAACGGCUUUUGACGCAGCAGGUAUUGUGUACGAGCACCGCCUGAUUGAUGACAUGGUAGCCAGCGCCCUGAAAUGGAAUGGCAAUUUUGUGUGGGCCUGUAAAAAUUACGAUGGCGAUGUACAAAGCGAUACCGUGGCCCAGGGCUUCGGCAGCCUUGGUUUAAUGACUUCUGUACUGGUUACGCCCGAUGGUAAAACCAUGGAAGCAGAAGCUGCCCACGGCACCGUUACCCGCCACUACCGCGACCACCAGGCAGGCAAACCCACUUCUACCAACCCCAUUGCGUCUAUUUUUGCAUGGACACGUGGACUGGCUUUUCGUGGCAAACUGGAUGGCAACCAGCCGCUGAUUGAUUUUGCCAACGCACUGGAAGCCGUUUGUAUUGAGACGGUGGAAGAAGGUAAAAUGACCAAAGACCUGGCUGUUUGCGUGCAUGGUAAUAAAGUAAAACACGGAGAACAUUUCCUGUAUACAGAAGAAUUCCUGGAAGCCAUUGACCAGAAUUUGCAGAAGAAACUGAAAUAG